CCUACUUUCAUGAUGAGUAGAUAGACUUGUAAGUAGCUAAUUUGCUAUUAGAUUCCUUGACUCAUUCAUCCAACUAAAAUUCUCAAAUGCAGAAAGUUCUUAGUUGAACAGUAAAGGCUGAACACAUCUAUGACGACCAAAGUUCUCACGAGGCCUUGGGCAGAUAGGAACUUUCUAAUAUAAGAAGGGGCAUAGUAUUAGCUACGAACCUCGUAUAGGAAUAUCGAUGGAUCUUCCACAAUGGCUGAAGGAAUGCUUCCUGCUGUCCAUACUGUUGGCAUCAAUAUUACUGGUGCUUGGGUUCAAGUUUUUCUCAAACAAGAACUUCAAUAAACGAAAUCUUAAAACGCCCCCAAGCCCUUCAAAACUUCCCGUCAUUGGCAACCUCCAUCAACUUGGCAACGUGCCACACCUCUCUCUUUACAAUCUAUCCAAGAGAUUUGGCCCCAUAAUUAGCUUACAACUUGGUCAGAUCCCAACGGUAGUGAUUUCAUCAGCAAGAAUGGCGAAGGAGGCAAUCAAAAACCAUGAUCUUGCACUUUCAAGCCGACCCCAGAUAUUUUCUGCCAAACAUCUUUUCUAUAACUGCACGGAUAUCGCUUUUUCUCCAUAUAGUGCUUAUUGGAGGCAUAUACGAAAAAUCACCAUAUUAGAGCUACUGAGUGCAAGGAGAGUCCAGUCCUAUGACUUUGUAAGAGAAGAAGAAGUUGCUCGUCUGAUUCAGCGUAUUGGAGAUUCAUACCCUGGCACCGCCAACUUAAGCAAGAUGGUCGCACUCUAUGCAAAUGAUGUUCUUUGUCGUGUGGUAUUUGGUAGAGAUUUCUCAGAAGGGGGAGAGUAUGAUCGGCAUGGAUUCCAAAAAAUGCUUGAAGAAUAUCAAGAAUUACUUGGUGGAUUUAGCAUCGGUGAUUUCUUCCCUUCUAUGGAAUUUAUGCACACAUUAACCGGAACAAAAUCACGACUUGUACACACUUUUAGGCGCUUUGACAAGUUUUUUGACGAGGUGAUUAAGGAUCAUUUAAGUCACAAUAACAAAAAGGAUCACAAAGACUUUGUGGAUGUCUUACUUGAAGUACAGAAGAGUGAAGAUAUUGAAAUUUCUCUCACGAUGGAUAAUGUUAAAGCAAUCCUCUUGGACAUGUUUGCUGCGGGAACUGAUACAACCUUCAUUACCUUGGACUGGGGAAUGACAGAGCUCGUGAUGAACCCAAGAGUACUGGAGAAAGCACAAGCUGAGGUAAGAAGCAUAGUCGGGGAAAGGAGAUUUGUAUCAGAAAGUGAUUUGCCCCAGUUGCACUACAUGAAAGCUGUUAUUAAAGAAAUCUUCAGAUUGCAUCCUCCUGCACCGGUACUUGUUCCACGAGAAUCCAUGGAAGAGAUUACCAUUGGUGGGUACGCUAUUCCUGAAAAAACAAGGAUUUUCAUCAACGCUUGGGCAAUAGGCAGGGACCCAGAAUCUUGGCAAAAUCCGGAUCUUUUUGAACCAGAAAGAUUCAUGGGUAGCAAUAUUGAUUACAAGGGGCAAGAUUUUGAGCUAAUACCUUUUGGUACAGGGAGGCGAAGUUGUCCAGCUAUUGCAUUUAGUUCUGUAACUGUUGAGCUUGCUUUGGCACAACUCCUUCACAGCUUUGAUUGGAAGCUUCCGACUGGUGUUCAAGUCAAGGAUCUCGAUAUGACAGAAGUUUUCGGCAUUACCAUGCAUAGGAUAUCCCCUCUAAUUACAGUGGCCAAACCAUACUUUUCUGAGAUCAAGAGCUCGCAACUUUAAAGAAAGAUGAAUAGCAAUUUAGGCAAAGAAUAAAAUUUUCUGUCAAUGGUUUUCAUAUUGUAGACAAUAAGAAAAGUCUCGUAUGUGAUUACGUAGAAAACCUCAAUAUUGUCAAGAUUAUUGUCUUCUUA